AGUCAAUAUUUCUUUUUAGUUGCAUCAAAGAAAACUAGACAUUGAAGAGAGUUUAAAAUCUUUUAGAAGAGAAAAAGAUGAGCGGCGUAAGGAAAGGGCCGCCGAAGCAUCAGAACAAAGUCGCCUGGAAACCUAACGCCGGUAUCAAAAUCAAUGAAACGGAAGUGGGUGGAAAAUUUAGGCCUCUCUCUGAAAUAACAGGAGUAUGUCUUCGUUGUAGAGAUCAAAUUGAUUGGAAGCGAAAGUAUGGAAAAUACAAAGCCAUUACUGAACCUGCGAAGUGUCAGAAGUGUUCGAAAAGAAACGUGCGUCAAGCUUACCACAAUCUCUGCAAUGGCUGUGCAAAGGAGCAUAAAGUAUGUGCCAAGUGUUCCUGUCGUGUUGGUCAAGUGGUUGGAAGAGAUGUUUCAGAAGUAGAGGCUGAGAAAAAAGCUCUUGAGGAGGCUAUCAAGAAUGCUCGAGAACGGGAUAGGCGGUCACUUCUACGUGCUAUGAACAAAGGGAAGUCACAGAGUUCAGAGAAAAACCUAACUCAAGAUGACAUGAAUGUUGGUGAACUGAAUACAGCAUCAUCACUUGAGGAAUAUGCCAAGGUAAACCGUGAUGAUGACGAAGAUGGUGAACUACUGAAUACAGCAUCAUCACUUGAGGAAUAUGCCAAGGUAAACCAUGAUGAUGACGAAGAUGAUGAUGAUGAAGAUCAAGUUAUUUGAGAUGCACAAUUCGGAGAAUAACCAUAUGGCCCUUUAUAGAUCUCCCUUCAUGGUCCAUAGUUUGAUGCACACUAGCUCAUUUGUAUUGGCAGCUUUGGAGAAAAGUAAAUUUAUUGGGCACAAUUGAUACAGGCUGUUUGGUUUACCUCCCCUUCUACAAUAAAGGACUAAGAGUGAGAUCAACACACUAUUCCAUUCCUUUUCCAUUUCAUAUUUUCCUAGCUAGUGAAGAGUUUUGAGAGUGUAAUAUAGAGUAAAAUAGAUUCUUAAGCCAUUUUAAAUGUAAUUCAGCUAAAAAGACAGCCUGCUAGUUGCUUCAUAAUGUGAUGUAGGAGCAUUGAUGUUUUGUUGGUCAAUUUACUCAAAUAGUAACUGGUCUUUGUUUUUUUGGAACUUUAUGGCCCGUGAAAUCAUCUCAAUGAUGAAUUGGCUGGCUGAGCGUUUGCAACUCCAA